UUGGCUGAACGAUAUCGGUACUCUGAUUGGCAAAUAACAUCACGUAACACAAAUUGAGUCACAUCUUCAUACGUAGUUAACCAAUGGUGUAGUAAACAGCAGAUGAUACAUCGUAUACUCGUUUAUUUUAUUUUUAUUUUAUUAUCUCAAGUUCCGGCCUAUUCGGCACGUUCGGUUGUACAGUAGAAAAUUCGUAAUCAAUAUAGUAAGAUUGACUACAGUAUACGUGACAUAUUUUAUUCUGGUGCUUAUUAAGAAUAUCUUUUAUUGAUCUUGAAUUGACUAAGGCACUAAAUAAUCUUGGGCCGAGUUUAUCGUACGGUACAUUUUCAAACGAGUAAUACAUUUAUCGACGGACGGAAGUCUCAAGAUGGGAUUGGAGGUUUGCGUGGAUACAUUUGAGUCUGCAAAAAACGCGAUUAUAGGUGGUGCCAUGAGAUUAGAGUUAUGUUCGUCUUUAUCGGAAGGUGGUUUAACACCGUCAAUUGGUUUCGUUAAUAAAAUUCGGAGAUUAACGAAUAUAGACAUUUACGUUCUGUUACGCGUUAGAAGCGGAAAUUUCGUUUAUUCUCGUGAAGAAAUGGAUAUCAUGUUAUUCGAUUUGAAAACAAUCAAAGAUUUAAAAUUAGCGAAUGGUUUUGUUUUCGGUGCUUUAACGGAAGACCGUGAAAUCAAUACAACUUAUUGCAAGCAAGUAAUAUCGCUAGCUAAACCACUUCCCGUUACGUUUCAUCGCGCUUUCGACGAAAUGCGACAGGAUCCUUUAGAAACCGUUAAUGUAUUGCAUUCCCUCGGUUUUUAUAGGAUUUUAUCAUCGGGACGACAGGAAACAGCUGAGAAAGGUAUCAGUCUCUUAAAAAGUAUGCAUGCAAUGAAAAAAAUAUUGAUAAUGCCAGGUGCCGGUAUUACUCCGGAUAAUAUAUUAAAUAUUAGAUUAAAGACUGAGGUCAAUGAAUUUCAUUGCUCGGCUAGGAAAAGGAAACAACUUACUGAAAAUGAAAGGAAUCAUUUUAGGAUGGGUACCGUAUUAGAGAGAGAUUAUGUCAUGGUUACCGAUGUUAAUACGGUCAGAAAAAUGUGUGAAAUAAUUGAAAACGAUUAUGAGUAAACGAAUAAAUCUGUAUCUAAGCGACUCUUUGAAUUCGAAUAAUUCCGUUCUUCGUUUCUAUAAAAUCUUUAAUAAAAUCAAAAAUAAAGAAAUAAUUAGCUCUUAAUUGCGUUUCAUACGACGUUAAUUAAACUGAUAAUAAAUAAAAAUAACCGAUCGAGAAACGAUUGUCGUAGUUAGCUUAAGUGUUUUAUAAGAAAUUUGUUUUUGUCAUCCAAAGCGUGACAUACGAGUUAGAAAGAGUUAAUAGGUAAUCGACAUUAGAUUUGAUCGUCACUCUUAUUUACGUUCUGUUUGAAAGUAAAAUACGAUUGAUCACGCAUGUUGUGCUUUCUAGGAUAAACGAAUUUUUUUAUUUAUUUAUUUUUUUUUUGGAGGAGAGUGUUUCUACCAUAUCUUUUCUUUUCUUUUUUUUUGUUAUUUGUCAUUUCUUUUUUUUUUAUGUAUAAAAAGAAACAAAAAAUUUUAAUACAAAUCGGAUAAGUUGCGUCGUUGUAGAAUUUUAAUUUUAACAAUGAAUGAAUGAAUGUUCGAUUUUUGAAAAUAAAAAAAAAUUGUGCAUGGUGCUGUAGAGUGAUUUGAAUUUUUAGAUUAAGAUUAAUUUGUUAAUCCGAUUUAAAAACGAUGAUGUUAUAAUUUUGUAUUAAAAAAAAAGUAUCUAUAUCUUUGUAUUUUUAUAAGUACUAUUUGCUUGUAUAAUUUUCUUGUCCACUAUUAUAAAAUCUUAUGAUCACCAAUUUGUCAAGAUGACGUAAUGAUGAAUAAUAAAAAUACAUAAUACCGA